AUGCAUAAGCAUUUCACUUUGAAUUUAACUAGCCGACAAAGCACUCUCGAGACUGUCAAUGAAUUAAAUGAUUUGUGGAACAAAAUUGGAAUUCCAACGGCAGCAAGCCGAAAUAGUAUUCGAAAGUUUGAAAAAUUUUAUGAAGAAUAUAAAUUAAUUAAAAAACAAAAAUCCACCAAUAACAAGUCAAUAAAUCAAACACAGAAAGCUAAUGAUUUCAUUAAUCAGUUAAGCAGAAUAUUUGAUAUCGCCAACAACAAUGAAAUUUCGAAUAUUUCUAGCGAUUUGCAAUUAUUUUUAAUGGAAUGUCGUCAAAAUGAUGAUUUGAGUCAAAAACUAUCACAGUUUUCAAUGUCAAAUGCAGGAAGUAGCCAAUCUUCAAACCAUACAGACAAACGAUUCUUAUCAGAUUACGAAGAUGAACUGCCACAAGCUAAAAAAAAACGUAAGGCUGAUAUAAUGACAGAGAUUUUAGUAGCUGCGUUAGAUCGUACGAAAACAAAAAUUGCAAUUUUCUGCCCUCCGGCCGGAAAGUGGCAACUUUCUGGCCGCUGCGCUAAACAAAGUUGCCACAUUCCGGCUACGUCGAGCAGAAAAAUAGUAUACACACCUUGGCCAGUAAAAAGUAAAGCCUCAGAUCACAUGUUUGUCAACCUUGGCUUCGCCUCGGCCAACAAUUACAUGUGA